UACAUUCUUCGCUCCUCGCAGGGCAGACAGUGGCAAACUUUUGCUGUGAAGCCGUUCAUAGCGGCUGCUGUUGGUGUUUUCCUCUUUGUUGAACCCUGCUCGUCAUGUCGGACACAUGGAGCAAUAUCCAGGCGCACAAGAAGCAGCUGGACUCUCUGCGGGAGAGGCUGCAGCGGCGGCGGAAAGACCCUGCACAACUGUCCGCGGAUGGUGGAAGCAGCACAGACGGUUCCACAGCCAGGAGUGACAGCCCUGCUCCGUCAGCUCAAUUCACCUCUCAGGAGGAGACAGAAAAACCACCAGACCCCGAACUAGAGAAGAGGCUGCUGGGAUAUCUGUCUGAUCUGAGUCUGUCACUGCCAACAGACUCACUCGCAAUCACAAAUGACCUCAACAGUUCUGAAUCUGCUGUCAGUCACGGGUGCAUCCAGAGUCUGCUGCUCAAAUUCUCAGCUCAGGAGCUCAUUGAGGUCCGGGAGUCCACCUCAGCCUCUUCUUCUGCAACUUCCUCCUCAACAGUCGUCGUAGCCGUGGACCACACAAAACUAUGGGCUAUGAUCGGGUCUGGGGCUGGAGCCCAAAGAGCUGGAGUCAAGAGAAAAGCAGAAGACCAAACCCACAGCAAAAGAGCUGCAGGCUUCUCACCCUCCCUGCAGAGCUCUGCUUCCCCGCCACGUCCAUCGUCCAUCUCUCUGACACCGGCUUCCUCCUCACAGCUGGCAGGGCCUUCAGGGUCAGGGGGCGCCGCUGAGAAGAAGGGCAGGAGCAGUAAAAGCCAGUCAUCUCAUGUGGAUAUGGAGAUUGAAAGCCUAUUGAACCAACAGUCUACGAAAGAGCAGCAGAGCAAGAAGGUGAGCAGAGAGAUUCUGGAGCUGCUUAACACCAGCACGGCCAAGGAGCAGUCCAUCGUGGAAAAGUUCCGGUCUCGCGGCCGAGCUCAGGUCCAAGAGUUUUGCGACCACGGGACCAAAGAGGAGUGCAUACGCUCUGGGGACACACCUCAGCCAUGCACCAAGUUACACUUCCGUCGCAUCAUCAACAAGCACACAGACGAGAGCCUCGGCGACUGCUCCUUCCUCAACACCUGUUUCCACAUGGACACCUGCAAAUACGUCCAUUACGAGAUCGACAGCCCUCCGGAGGCCGAGGGGAGCCUUCUGGGCCCCCAGGCAGGCACCACAGAGCUCGGCCUCCACGCAGGAGACACCGACAGCAACGUGGGCAAACUGUUCCCUUCACAGUGGAUCUGCUGUGAUAUCCGCUACUUGGACGUGUCCAUCCUGGGUAAGUUUGCUGUGGUGAUGGCCGACCCUCCCUGGGACAUCCACAUGGAGCUGCCCUAUGGUACACUGACUGAUGAUGAGAUGAGAAAACUCAACAUCCCCAUCCUGCAGGACGAUGGCUUCCUCUUCCUCUGGGUCACCGGCAGAGCUAUGGAGCUGGGCAGAGAGUGCCUCAGUCUGUGGGGUUACGAACGUGUCGAUGAGAUCAUAUGGGUGAAAACCAACCAGCUUCAGAGAAUCAUCCGCACCGGGAGGACAGGCCAUUGGCUGAACCACGGGAAGGAGCACUGUCUGGUGGGGGUAAAGGGAAACCCUCAGGGAUUCAACAGAGGUUUGGACUGUGACGUCAUUGUGGCCGAGGUCCGCUCCACCAGUCACAAACCAGAUGAAAUCUACGGCAUGAUAGAGAGACUCUCCCCUGGCACCAGGAAGAUUGAGCUGUUCGGUCGACCCCACAAUGUCCAGCCCAACUGGAUAACUCUUGGAAACCAGCUUGACGGCAUUCAUCUUUUGGAUCCUGAGGUCGUGGCUCGGUUCAAGAAGCGUUAUCCAGAUGGCGUCAUCUCCAAACCCAAAAACAUGCAGUGAAGAGAUCCCCUCUGGUCACAGGUGUGGAGAAGUCUGUAAAUAGUUUUUCUUUAUUUUUUUACACCAGUGAACGAUUUUUUAAAAAUAAAUAUGGUUAAGAAGAUACUGUGUCUUAGUUAAGAAAUAGGACAACAUGGAGAAACAAUGGGAAUUACUUUUGGAUAAAUGUUUUCAUCACUUCUAUACGUUUGUGAUAUUUAAUGCUGCAAAACUUCACAUUCACAUCAAUAAAAAACACAGGAGGCAUUUUUAAUGUACAUUUUUAUUAUUUUGUUAGUGAAGAAUAAAGAUGCUUUUCUUUUGA